UUCAGAUGCUGUGGAGUCUCCAACUACACUGACUGGUUUGAAGUGUACAAUACAACCCGGGUGCCAGAUUCUAAAUUCAGUGAGAAUUGCGGACUCCAUUCCCCCGGGACCUGGUGGAAAGCGCCUUGCUACGAAACAGUGAAAGUAUGGCUCCAGGAGAACUUACUAGCAGUGGGAAUCUUUGGAUUGUGCACAGCUAUGGUGCAGAUUCUUGGACUCACCUUUGCAAUGACCAUGUAUUGUCAGGUAGUCAAGGCAGACACCUACUGUGCAUAG